GCCACUACACAUGGUCCGUGUGCAAGCGAUUUGGAAGUUCGUACAGUUCAGUUGUUAACGACCUCACUACCUCACUACCCUACUAGUCAUAAACCUUUUUAAUUAAACCUUCCAAACUUCUUUCUAUCAAGAGGUAAACUAACUCCAACUCCCACUUCUUCAACUCCAACUGCAAACUCCACCUCCAACCUCCAAGAUCCAACGUCUACCCCAUUCCACCACAGUACAUCUUUCCAACAUCAAAACUUACCCAUUAAGUCUCACGGCCAUCUCUCAAUCACCAACACAGUCGCAUUUCUAAGAGUCGCCAAUAUGAAGUUGACUUUCAAGGAUUUGAAGCAGCAGAAAUUCGUCCUCGAGGCUGAACCUACUGAACUUGUCUCUGACGUCAAGGAGAAGAUUUUCAAGGAGAAGGGAUGGGAGGCGUCGCAACAAAAGUUGAUCUAUUCUGGUAAAAUCUUACAAGAUGCGAAUACUCUGGAGUCCUAUCAUAUCGAGGAGAAGGGAUUCAUCGUGUGCAUGAUUACAAAGCCCAAGGCUGCACCAGCUGCGUCUUCUGCGCCUAAAGCUCCAUCAACUCCCGCUCCAGCCUCGGCUGCUACCCCCGCUCCACCUGCCGCGCCUGCACAUUCUUCGAGUACUUCAAACACCGCUGUUCCAGCAACACCUUCUCCUGCUGGUGCUUCGAUUCCAGCUCCUCAAGCCACACCAUCCAAUGAAACUACCGGUCUUGCUAUGGGAGCUGAGCGCUCAGCACAAAUCGCUGAGAUGGAAAGCAUGGGUUUCGAGAGAUCACAGAUCGAAGCAGCCAUGCGUGCUGCCUUUUACAACUCGGAACGUGCUAUCGAAUAUUUGUUGAACGGAAUCCCAGAACGUCUUUUGCAAGAACAACAACCUACACCAGCUGCACCCGCCGCUGUUCAAGCUUCAUCUCCUCCCGCUGCCGGCGGCGAGGAUGACCCAGUCGAUCUUUUCCAAGCAGCCGCAAAUGCUGGCAACCGUGGUGGUGCUGCUCGUGGACGACCCGGAGUCGAUCCUUUGGGAGGAGCUGGAGCUGGAGCUGCAGCUGGUGGGCUCGGCAACCUCGACUUCCUCCGAAACAACCCUCAAUUUCAACAACUUCGACAAGUCGUUCAACAGCAACCUCAGAUGCUCGAGCCAAUCCUCCAGCAAGUUGGGGCUGGUAACCCACAAUUGGCCACUUUGAUUAGUCAACACCCAGAGCAAUUUCUACAACUUUUGAGCGAGAAUGCCGAUGACGAUGCGCCACUUCCACCAGGAGCUCAGGCCAUCGAGGUGACGCCAGAGGAGCGUGAUGCUAUUGAGAGAUUAUGUCGCCUCGGCUUCAAUAGAGAGCAAGCGAUCCAAGCCUAUUUUGCAUGCGACAAGAAUGAAGAAUUGGCUGCCAACUUCCUUUUCGAGCAACCUGAGGAUGAGGAAUAAAUACACUUUCUCUGAUUCUCGCGUCUCGGGUUUACCUUUUCCUAUUUUACACCCUUCUCAUUGAGCGAAUGAAUGACGAAUGAGCCUUUUCAUUUACGUGUGGUAAUAGCGGAGAAUGGAUGGAGAUGUAAGGCAAGGGGUGGGGAGGAAAUUGAGUAGUGGGAGGCAGGCAGUGUUUUUUCCCAUACAAGAUUGGACGGCAAUGAAUUGUGAAGAAGGAUAUAUUUACGUUGCGUAAUUCCCCAAUGACAUGGGCUAAAUGUAACGUCGUUUAUUGUCAUGAGAACUUUACUCUAUCUAGAUAGGGGACAGCGAAUGGAUGGAUGAAUUGACAGAAAUUCCAUGUUUGCAAUGAUGUACACUGGGUCUGAUUGUGAAAUUUUAUCUUAGCAAUUUUCGAGGGACAUUCUCGUCUGAGGUGAUGCA